CAUCCAAUGAAGCUAUGGAUGUUUAAUAGAUCGCUUAUGGAUGUUUAUUUAACUUCCACCAUGGAGGUAAACCUUCAAUGGAGCCGUGGAAGUUUACUGGAUCCCUAAUGGACGUCUAUCUAACUUCUGCCAUGGAGGUAAACCUCUAAAGGUGGAAGCACAUAAAAUUACAGGAGCCAUAGGCAGAAUGCAGGAGCCAUAGCGCAUGCGCUGUGAUAUUACUUUAUCUGUCCAUGGCAGAAUGACAGAUAUCAUAGCGCAUGCGCUAUGGUUUCUGGCAUUCUGCCCAUGGCUUCUGAAUUUUCAAUCUACAUAAAAAUACAUAGCCAUAGCCACGGGCAUAACCAGGCAUAACUCAUCGUAGCCGGUAGCAGCCGAUAGCCGGUCCUAAAGACAAAUAUUUCGCAAAGAAGGGAUUUAUAUUGAUUAACACAAUCGAUUCUCAUGGCGUACGAUCACACGGAUUACUGCCGUAAUAGCAUAAACAUGUCCCAAAAUGAAGAAAAUGAAAACUAUUCUGAAGUGAUGUUGCAGGACGAAGAUAGAAAUUUUGAUGAUUUGUUAAUAAAUAUUGUGAAAGAAUAUCCACAUUUAUAUGAUAGCAGCUGUAAAGAUUAUCGGGAUGUAAUAAAAAAAGAGAACUCUUGGAUAGAGAUUUCUAAAAUUUUGGCCACGCUUCCGGAUAUUUGCUGCACUCGGUGGACCCGUCUAAGAGAAUCUUUCUCUAAAGAAAAGAAAAAAAGACAAAGUGAAACAACAAGUGGAAGUGGAGCUUCCAAAAGACGAGGAUUUGUAUACUUCGAGUCUAUGAAAUAUAUUGACAAAUUUGUCAAAACUAAAAAAUCGAUAACCAACAUCAAGUUUCCCAAAAAAUCUAAUAUUUUUGAUUGUUCAAAAGACAAGAGUCUAAAUAAAGAAAUUUCAAAUUGGGUGCAGCAUGGCAAACAAACUCUGGAAAAAGAAAGAACUCCUUUGGAACAAAUUGAUGCAAAUAUAUUUUCACCAAUAAAAGAAUGCGCAAUACCGGAAACAUCACCCACUACCAGUAAUUUUGAUAAUGCGUCAUGCGUAUCUUCUCCUUCGACGACAGAAAGUAAUACAAACGAUUUCGAACAUCAAUUGUUGUCAGCUCGAUCAUCACCCGAUACAAGUAAUUCUACAUUCCUUUCUCCAACAAGCGUAAAAUCUACCUGCACUUUGAAAAAGCCGCCAUAUAUGAAGGGUAAAUUUAAUCCUAAUAUAUUAAAUAAAAGAAACGCUAAAAAUGCAGAAUAUGAAAACGAUCAUUUGGAAGCGUCUUUUAUUAGCUUGAAUCAAGCAGUUACAGAUCAUUUGAAUUCCAAAAAAGAUGGUGCACAAAUGCAGAAUGAUCCAGACAUUUCAUUUUGCAAUCUGAUUAUGGCGGAAUUGAAACAACUGGAUAAUCAUAUAAAACAAGUCAAGAAACAAGAAAUUAUGCAAAUUUUGUGGAGAAAAGAAAACUUAUAAGCAAAGUGAUUUUUGUGAUAAAAUAAAUAAUUUGCAUUUAUUCGUAUAUAUAAUACUCGUGUUUUAAGAUUGUGUGAUAUUAAAUUUACUAAUAAAAAAUAUAUGUACUAGUAUAUAAUAAUAAUAAUAAUAUUAAAGAAAUUUUGUACUAUUUAUUUUAUAUUUACAUAAUAAAUACAUAUUAGCAUUACAUUUUACAAUAUGACACGUGAGUAAUCAAUGAUCAAAUGUUUAUGUUUAGAUGAUGUCUUGAUUUUGUCCUCUUGUUACAUAGUCAUGCUGCCAAUCGACCAUUCCAUUUGGAGUUAUAAAAUAAUUGCAAAGAGAGUCUCUAAUGUGCGUCGCAAAUGCUGCAUCAUUUUCGUUAUUUUCAAUAAUUUCAUCAUUGUUUUUAAAUUGUAUAACAUUACCUUCUCUGUUUCUUAAGAAAUUGUGCAAACAUACAGUUGCCAAAAUAUAUUUAUUGAUAUUUUCAGGAGUCGCAGCAAUCGGUCUGUUAUAAAUACUCCACUUUUUUACUAAAAUUCCAAAUGUAUUUUCUAUUAUACGCCGGGCUCGCGAAAGUCUGUAAUUAAAUAUAUUCUUGCGUUCCCCCAAAUACCGUCCAGAAUAUGGCCGCAUCAAAUGCUUUCCAAUGGGAAAUGCUUCGUCCCCAA